AUGAAGAUAGACGUAUCUGAAGCUUUUGAUUCAGUACAAUGGCCAUUCUUGUUCGCUUCUUUAGAGGCACUCGGAUUCCAUGAGAAAUUUGUGCAUUGGAUUCGCUUAUGUGUGUCCACAACAUCCUUUUGGGUUCAGAUGGACAUAAGAGGCAUCACUACAGAGAACCAACAAGCGAUUCUAGCCAACUUCCCAUUUGCAGCAGGACAACUACCUAUAAGUCAAGAAGCAGCGAAGGAUUUCCAUCAGGUUGAGGUUAAAAUUGACGUCUCUACUUCAUUUUGGCAUGACCAUUGGUGUAACUUGGGGAGACUCUUGAAAUUGACUGGCACUGGAGGCCACAUUGAUCUUGGUAUUCCUGCAACUGCGACAGUCGCAGAGGCGAUCUCAACUCACCGUUGUCGCCAUCAUCGAACAGGCUUGCUCAACAAAUUGGAGGACGAACUGGACAAACUCAGGUUAGGCAAUCACCAAGGUUACGACAUUUCUUUAUGGCGUAGUAGAGUUGACAAGUUCAAGAACUCUUUCUCUUCAAAAAACACUUGGCUUCAGAUACGUGAUGACUUCCCCUUACAAAGCUGGAGUAAAGUGGUGUGGUUCAAGUACGCAACUCCGAAGCAAUCCUUUCAUGUCUGGACAGCUAUUUGA